UACAUCCGCAAACUGUGCAGCGCAUCUGCUCGCCUGACCGCUCAGCAGGAAUCAGCCUCUUCCUGGUCAUAACGCACCGGACACGCGCCAAAAAACGGAAGUGCACCUAUCACAGGACCCCCGCAGAGACAGGAGCGUCUAGGAGCAGCUUUGAGGUGAAGCUUCCGAUCAUCACAUAGCGCAGGAUUUAAACAGAUGUGCUGUUUCUUCUGUUUGAUGUAAACAGUUCAACAAGGAAGGAGGUGCAAGGAUGAACCCGGAGCCUGACAGCCCCUUUUCCAGGGUGGAGAGGACCCUGGUAUCAGUCUGGUGUUACAUAACUGAAGCCGUGAGCAGAUUCCUAAGGCCACAACCAGCUGAAACAGCCAACAAUGACCCAAACUCUAUUCAGGAAUCAAACGUGGAUGAUGACGCUCCUGGCGGUAUGCAAACGGGAGCCGACACCAGCGGUGAAGAAACCUGCGAGGAACAGCCUUUUCAGACAGUUUCUCUUCUGAGUUCAUCCUCACCAGCUGUUCCCUGGGAGCAGUGCAUUGCAGAUGUUGAUGUUAAGCCUAAACAAGACCAAGAGAACAAGGAGGACAUGAGAGAGGACGAGUUUGGUCUUACAGGAAAUGACCAUGCAGAAUCAGAGGGUGAAAAUGCAUGUCAAGAGAGACAAGAAAAAAGUGAGAAAAAAAACUCUGACACAUAUGAGGAAAAUGAGACGACUGAAAACAACGAGGAACAUGCUACUGUUGGAUCUGGACAUAUGCUGUUAAAGGAUGUAGUGAGUGACGAAAUGGACUCAAGAGUUGAAGAAGUGGAACACUUGAGCGCAGAAAGACUGGAUGAAUGUCUAAAAGUGGUGGAAACAAUGAAGGAACCCCAGGAAGACGAUGGACAAGAAAAAAAAGAAGGCUUGGAGGAAGAAAGCAAGAUAAAAGACUGCAGCUCAGCAGAGAAGGAGGAAAGCAAUGCAGAGACAGAAGAGCAAAGGUACAUUAAAGCUACUGGAGUGAUGCUGGGAGAUGUUAACAUCUGUCAAGAUUCACAACAGUUGAGCCUGGAGUUUUCAGAGUUUUCCGGCUUUGCCAAGGAUGAAAAAAAAGAACCCGGUAAGUCCAAAACAGAUGAUGAGCCAGAGCAGAAGAAGAGCAGCAGAGCUGUUGAGGAUGUCCAACAAGAGGAACAUGUUGUAUCCCUUAAACCUGCAGGCAGAGAAGAUGAUCCUAGCACAAGAGAGGACCAAUUCGGCCCAAGAGCACAUGAUAGCGCAGAGAAGAUGAUCACUGAAGACAUCACAGAACAAGUUGGACCAGAGAUAACACAGUUGCACAUUUGUGUUGAAGAGAGUGUUGAUAAAACAGAAGACCAAGCUAACGCUGGAUCAAAAAAUACUGUAAAUGAGGAAAUUUGUGAAGAGAUCAAAAAAAUAAAUAAAGUAGCUGCGGCUGGGGGAGACUCUGUGGGCACAUUAACACUAUAUGGUUCUCAAGACGUGGAACAAGCAAAGGAAGACAUGGAGGAUGAGAACAGUAAUGUGGAAGUUGAUAAAGAAGAAGAUAAUGAAAACUCAAGAAAAAUGGAAGAGGAAAAAUUGUGUAGCUUUAGCAAAGAGGAGGACAGCAAUGAAGAGACAGGAGAACAAAUGGAGAGCAAGGCCCCGACUGUGAUCCCAGGAGAUGCUAAGAUAUGUGAAGAUGCUUUAGAGUUAAGCUCUAAACAGGAAAAAUCCCAAACAGAAACCCAGCACCCUCUCUGCCAAGAGUUGUCAGAUUUGGCCGAAGUUGAGAGUGUCCGGGUUGCUGACAUUAUAGAGGAAGAGCCAAAUGAGUCUGCAAAACAUGAAGAGCCUUAUAAGAAGAGUAGCCUAGCAGUUAUUGAUGUCCAAAAAGUGGAAACUGUGGUAACCCAAAGUAUUACAGCAUGCGAAGAUGACCGUGGCAAGGCAGAAGAAGAGUUUGGCCUAAAAGAAAAUAUUAGCACCGAACAGCUGAUCACUGAAGAAAUGACUGGUCAUCAAAUUGGACAGGAGUUAAGUGACAUCCAACAGUUGAACAUGUUUAUUGAAAGAGAAGGAGUUAAAAACAUAGAAGAUCAAACCAAGGCUGGAUCAGCACAUACUGAAAAUGUGUUAAUAUGUGAAGGGAUGGAAAUAAAAGAUGAGGAAGCUGCUGCAGGGGGAGACACUGUGAGCACAUUAAGAUUAGAUAGUUUUCCACAAGAGAAUGAAGACACAGUCCUGGUGGAUGAGAGCAGUAAAAUCAAGGAACACCAGGCUGAAGAAAAUGAAGAGGACUUUAAAGAAGAAAGUGGGGUAAAACUUUGGACCAUCGUCGAAGAGAAGGAAAGCAAUGAAGAGACAGAAGAGAAAAGGGAGGAUGAAGGUGCUGCAGUGAUGCUGGGAGAUGCUAACAUUUAUGAAGAGACUUUACAGUUGAGCCCUGAACUGGAAAAUAAAUCAGAAGAUGGAACACACUCAGAAGUUUUGCACAUUUUCAGCAAAGAGUUGUCAAGUUCGACCAAGGAUGACACUGACACUGAGGAGAAAGACUCUAGUAAGUCUGAAACAGAUGAAGAACCAGAGGAAAAGGGCAGCAGAGCAGCCGAAGAUGUCCAACAUGAUAAAACAGUUUUCACCCCAAACGUUACAGGCAGCAAAGAUUAUCCUGGCAUAGGAGAGAAACAGUUUGGCCUAACAGGACAAAAUAGUGCAGAGCAGCUGAUCGCUGAAGACAUGAUGGAACAUCAUCUAGAAACAGAAAAAAUGGACACAAAGCAAUUACAGACUCUUGUAGAAAAAGAAGAUAUUAAAAACACAGAAAAUCAAAUUCAGGUUGGAUCAAAUGAUACAGUAAAUGAACCAAUAUGUGAAGAGAUCGAAAAAGGAGAUGAAAGAGCUGCUCCUGGGGAAGACCCUAAGAGCACAGUCAGUCUAGAUGGUUCUCAAAUUGUGGAUGAAGCCUUGGAAAACUUGAAGGAUAAAGCUAAUAACAUCCAAGAAGAUAAACUAGAAAAGAAUGAAGAAGACAUUGAGAUGGAACAUGAGGUAAAACUGUGCACCAUUAGCAAAGAGGAGGAGAGCAAUGAAGAGGGAGGAGAGCAAAGGGAAUGGGAAGCUUCUACUGCCAGGUUGGAAGAUGCUCAGAUCUGUGAUGAUGCUUUACAGUUGAGCCCUAGACAGGAUAACUCAGAGGAGAGAAGACAGGCAGAAACUCAGCUUGUCUGCAAAGAGUUGUCAGGUUUAGCUGAGGAUGAGAUGGUUUUGGUUGCUGACACUGAAGAAGAAGACCCUAGUAAGUCUAAAAUGGAUGAAGAGUCCAAGCAAAAGGGCAGCAGAGCUGCCGAAGAUGUCCAAGAUGAAAAUACCUGUGAAGGACAUGAUGUCUUUGAAAGCAAAGAAGACCAAGCUUGUGUUGGAUCAGAUACAGGAAAAAAGGCAAUAUGUGAAGAGAUUGAAAAAAGAGAUGAAAAAGAUGCUGCUGGGGAGGACCCUAAGAGCACAGUCAGUCUAGAUGGUUCUCCAAAAGAUGAUGAAGCCAAAGACUCAAGAGAAGAGAGAAGCAACAUUCAGGAAGAUGAAGAAAAAGAAAAUGAACAAAACUUUGAGAAACAAAGUGGGAUAAAACUAUCCACAGUUAGCAAAGAGGAGGAUAAGAAUGAAGAGACAGGAGAGCAAAGGGAAAUUGAAGCAGGUGUAGUGAUGCUGGAAGAUGGUAUAAUCUCUGAAGACACAUUACAAUUUAGCCCUGAAAAACAACAUGCCUCAGAUGAGAAAACUGAAGAAUUAGAUGAGCUUAUUGAUGAGAAUGUCCAGAUGACAAUUGAAGAUGUUGGGCUAGAGGAAAAUGUCUCAAUUCCAGAGACAACCACAUUUAAAGAGGAGGAUUUGCUGGAAACCAUUAUUCAAAAUGCCACAGAGAAAAAUGUGACCAUGGAAGAUAUUUCAACAGAUGAAAAUACUGAAAUAGCAGCAGGUGAGAGGCUCUCUAUUGAAGUCAAUGAGGAGGGUUGCGUGGAAAGAGUUUGUAUAACCACUCCUGUUACUGUAAUAGCUGAAGGCGAGUCUGCACGGGAAAUAAACACAGGCUUUAACAAUAUUCCCUUGGGGGUAAUAGAAGGCCAGGCUGCCCAGUCUGCCGAGCUCGACGCUGAAGCUCAUGAGGAAACUCCAGAGGCAGUUCCUGAGUACAACAAUGACCUCGAAUCAGAUGCAAAUUCCACACAAAGCUUCUUAGAAGAGGGAAAUUCAGAGGAAAUUCAAAACACAGACUUACCAGAAGAGGUGGGGGUCUUUAAAAGCAGCAGCACAGGAGGAGCUGAAUAUUUACCGAUAGGACAAGGCAGCGCAGAGGAAAGCAGAAACGAGCUGGAAUUCAUUGAGAAGGAGCAGACUGAAACACCAAGAUCCAGAGAAGCCAAAGAGUGA